AUGCCCCCUUCGGCACAAACUCUACCCCGCACUGUUAUCAUCGCCCUCCACCUGCAGUCCGCAUAUUUCUGCGACCAGACAACCCAAAUGGAUACAGACAAAGCUGACACAGUGCCAAAGACUAGAUUGGUAUCCACCCUGCGCCUCCUCAUCCCACGUCUUCGCCUUCUCCAGAAGAAAGACACCGCCUCCUCCGUUGUCCAGCGCCGCGAACUCUCUCAGCUUCUCAGUGAAGGGCGCGAAGCAUCAGCGCGCAUCCGAGUGGAAAAUGUGAUCUCAACUGACAUCGCGGUGGAAGUGAUGGAGGUAGUAGAACUCUACUGCGAGUUGCUACUGGCGCGCGCAAACGUGCUGGACCAACUCGCAUUUGGAGAGAAGGGCAGUCGGGCCAGAUUACGCGCCAAAGAGCUUUAUAAGAAACAAAACCAAGCGCAGACAGGCACAACAGGAGCAACUGCGGAGAGCUCUGGGUCUCGUUUUGGAUUUGGCUGGUUUUCGGGAUCGCAAAAGGAGGCUGGUACUUCUGCGAUCGCGUCUGGCGCACAUGAUACCGAUGCGUUAACAGAGGAAGAGAAUGCUUAUAUGGAUACUGCUUUGGAUGAGGCGGCUGUGGCUAUUUUCUAUGCGUGGCAUCGCUUUCCCCAUGAGGUGCGCGAGUUGACCAUGCUUCGGAAUAUGCUUGGGGAACGAUAUGGCAAAGAAUUCAUGGCGCUGGCACAAGACAACAAGAUUGAUUCAGCCAAGGUUUCCGAUCGGCUUUUGAAGGGAUUGCGAGUGCGCCCUCCUCUACCGGAGCUGGUGGAGAUGUAUCUGCGAGAGAUUGCGAAAGCAUACGGAAUCACAUGGCCAGCGGGUGAGGAAUCCCAGGAAGACCUUGGUGCUCCCCCGGAAUAUAUGGACGACCAAGAUGAUGAUGGUGGGGAUCUUCCACAGACACCUAGUAAGCAGGGAGAUUCAAGCAGCUUCUCUGAAGCUAGACGAGCCUCUGAGACUAGUGAAUUGAAUAAAGCCACGCCUCCACGGGGCCCAGCAACGGGCCGCAGCCCUGUCAGUGUCGCGCCUCCAGGUCCCAGGUUUACGGACAAUCCAAACCCACGAGUCAAGGUCCCUGGGGCAGAGGGGAAAACUGCCAAGCAGGAACCUGCGACACAGAGCAAAAGCAACAACGGGAUUCCCGAGCUGGAUGAGCUCACACGGCGGUUUGCAGACCUCAAGAGAAAACCUUAG